UCACUCCCAGACGCUCACGCGCAAACAAGAACAAACCGGUUCGUGCGCGCGGAGGAAGCCGGUUUCAGCUGGCGCGUCGCCUUGGAAACUAUAUAAAGAGCUGCUCUUCAGCGCUCGUGAGUCAGAUCGUCUCAGCUGCUCUUGUGUUGGUCAACGGACUUUCUUCAUUUCCAGCACUCUGGUCUAAUGGGAAAACUCUUUGUAAAUGCGUUUUAAGAAUUCUUGCUUGGGAGAAGUACACACUGGCCCUGGCCUUGAGGCGUAUCUGAAAGGAUUCAACUUCACUGGUGAACCUCCUUGGCUGUCCGACAGCUGUUAGCACAUCAUCUCCAUCUCUUCUGUUCAUCUGUUUCUUUUGCAAACAAAUCUUGAACAAACAUCAUGACCUCUAUGACUGGAUCAGACUUUGACUUCACCUUCCUGGAGGAGGGAUUCUGUGCACGUGAUAUCGUGGAGCAGAAGAUCAACGAGUCAUCACUAUCAGAUGACAAAGAUGCCUUCUAUGUGGCUGACCUGGGAGACGUCCUGAAGAAGCACCUGCGCUGGUUGCGUGUGUUGCCCCGUGUCACACCGUUCUACGCAGUGAAGUGCAAUGACAGCAGGGCUGUGCUCACGACUCUGGCGUCUCUGGGAGCCGGGUUCGACUGUGCAAGCAAGACUGAGAUCCAGAUCAUUCAGUCUGUGGGUGUGGAGCCGAGCAGGAUCAUCUACGCCAAUCCCUGCAAGCAGGUGUCUCAGAUCAAGUACGCCUCUGCUCACGGAGUGCAGAUGAUGACGUUUGACAGCGAAGUGGAGCUCAUGAAGGUGGCACGAUGCCAUGAGAACGCCAAACUGGUUCUCCGUAUCGCCACUGAUGACUCCAAGGCCGUGUGCAGGUUAAGUGUGAAGUUUGGCGCCACGUUAAAGAGCAGUCGUCUGUUGCUGGAGCGGGCGAAGGAGCUCGGGCUGGACGUGAUUGGAGUCAGUUUCCAUGUGGGCAGCGGUUGCACUGAUCCGGAGACGUACAGCCAGGCUAUCUCUGAUGCACGCUAUGUUUUUGACAUGGGGGCGGAGCUGGGAUAUAACAUGACCCUGCUUGAUAUUGGAGGAGGCUUUCCGGGCUCUGAUGACACCAAACUGAAAUUUGAAGAGAUCGCUGCUGUGAUUAACCCUGCACUGGAUAAGUAUUUCCCUGUUGACUGCGGCGUGAGGAUCAUUGCUGAACCUGGCCGCUAUUAUGUAGCGUCCGCGUACACGCUGGCAGUCAACAUCAUCGCCAAAAAGGUCAUCAUGAAGGAGCAAUCGUCCUCAGACGAAGAAGAGGAUGGGGCCAGUGACCGAACCCUGAUGUACUACGUGAACGAUGGUGUUUAUGGUUCCUUCAACUGUAUUCUGUAUGAUCAUGCGCACGUCCUGCCAACUCUGCACAAGAAACCCAAGCCUGACGAGCGCAUGUACCCGUGCAGUAUUUGGGGCCCGACCUGUGAUGGGCUGGACCGUAUCGUGGAGCAGUGCGGCCUGCCGGACAUGCAGGUGGGCGACUGGCUGCUGUUUGAGAACAUGGGAGCCUACACGGUGGCCGCGUCCUCCACCUUCAAUGGCUUCCAGAAACCUGAUAUCCAUUACAUCAUGUCCCGCACAGCCUGGCAGUGUAUGCAGCAGAUCCGUGCUCAGGGGCCUCCUCUUCCUGCGGAGGAUCUCUGUGCUGGAAGCGUGCCGUCCCACUGCGGACGCCAGAGCACACUGGACGUGCCAGCCAAACCGUGCCCUACUCAAGUGCUGUGACCAGAGCGAGAGCCAGCGAGUCUUCAGGUCCACCGUUUCCAGAUAUGUGCUGCUGAAUAACAACGGCUACAUUUCUCUUCUAAAUGCAGCUGUUUUUUCUCCAUUUGUAGAAGUUACAAAAGCUCAAAUCUGAAAGACGCACAGAAACGCUCACAGUCCUGUGGCGGUGUAUUUUUUGCCUUUUUCUUUUUUAAUAUACAUAUACACUUGUAAAAUGAGGCCAGAUACUUGACUGGGGGAUUUGAGGUAGGUUUUUAAUGGAUGUCCAGUUUUCUGUGUGUUAGAGGAAGGUUUAAACCGAAGCUCUUGCUACUCUCUCUGUUGAGGAGCAUUGAGAUUGUUUGAAUAUUUCCUCAAAUGGCUGCUUUUCAGUCUUUGAAAAUGAAAUCUUGCCCUUCACACAGACUCAAACAGACUUCCUCCUCCUCAGUGACCAUUUCCCUUUUAUACUUGACUAGUAAGUUAAUAUUAAUUAUUAUUGACCUGCCAUGUAUGCCACUGAUGCAUUUGAAAUGGAUAUUAAAGAUGGGACUGCAUCUGUAUUGCUUUCCUAUGGAAACUUUUUUUUAUUUUAAGUUUUGUAUUUUUAUAAAAAUAAAAGUAGUCGUUAAAAACGUUUUUGAUUUGCUUUUCAUUUCCAAUAGCAGUAUUUCAGAGCUUGAGAAUGUAUUAACAUGUGCUCAAAGACUUGCACAAAUCAAGAUUAUAUCUGUAGAGCUCCUCACAUAAUGAGCUUCUGUACAUUCAGCUGUACAAACAUUUACAUUAAACACGACUAUAGCGCCAUCCAGUGGUCAUUUGAGUCAUUUCACUGAAUACAUUUUCAUGGACGUGCCUUUUCAAAUAAAAAUGGAGGGUUGAGCUCUUGGCAUUGUGGGAUACCCAGUGGGCGAAUGAUCAAACUACAGGUAAAAUAUGCAAAUUAAUCUGACGUCAAAAACCAUGACACUGAUUUGAUGUCAAUUGAAUAUCCAACAUACUGGCCUGCAUGUACAUUAAACUAAUUUGAAUUGCCGUUCAAACUGAAUUUAUGAGGUUACAGCAUCUUGAGCAAGACUUCAUGACUAAUAUUUGCUGUCAGUUUGAUAUCAAGGUGCCUGCUGGGUAUAGACCUCAUAAUGCCUGUCAAUAGACUCAAACUGACCAUGUCAUGAAAUCCUUUUUAUUUUUAAUACAUCCAGCUUUAAAGGAAAGACCCCGUUUAUAGCAUUUCCUUGGAAAUACAUGUACAUACCCUAAUAAAAAUAAUUCUUAACAAGAAAUAUAAAGUGUAUUUAGUUUUAAUUUUGGAGUAAUUUCUAGGUCUGCAGAGUUGAUUCUAACAUAAACACAAAAUAAUGAUGCAAACCCCUUUAAGAUCUGGUUUGCUGUUAUUCUGUAGUAAGACCAGUUAAUAUGGAUCUACAACAAACAGACCACCAGACAUUUGUGAUGUUGAUCUGAAAGUCACAUUGGAUCAAAUAAAACCAUCUUAUAAAUGUACUGUAAAUGUAUUCGUAUACUUAAUCUGCUUACUGAAAAUAUUAAUAAAUUUGCAAUUGUGAUUUUA